UUUCAACUCCAAUGUGAAGUCAGUCAGUGCUACUAUACGGAUCAGAGACUUGCGCGCGUCAUAAAGAGCAUCUCAAACAAACUACAGACCUUCAUUAACAGUUGUCUUCGCUCAAUACUCAAGAUCAGAUGGCCGGCCAGGAAAGAUCAGCAACAGGGAUCUCUGGGAGCGAACCAACCAGGAACCGAUUGUGAAACAAAUAGGCAGGAAGAAAUGGAGAUGGAUCGGCCAUACUCUGAGGAAACCAUCAAGUGACAUCACUAGACAAGCCAUUGCUCGAGUGGAACCCGAAAGGGAAGCGGCGAAUUGGUCGUCAGUGCAAGGGUGACUUGGAGGAGGUCAUGUGAAGAGGAGAUGAAAGCGUGUGGGCAGACAUGGAGCCAGGUGAAGACUCUAGCAGAGAACCGAACGCAAUGGAGACGCACGGCUGAAGCCCUAUGUUCCUCUAGGAAUUAAAGGAUACAAUAAUAAUAAUAAAUAGCAGGUGGUAGCUUGGUUUUCCUUCAUGCCAUUGUUAUAUGUCUUUAGUUCAUAAUUCUAGAUAUUUAUUUUAUUUUUUGAUUACAGCUUGAAACCAAACAGUAUUUUUGGUACAAGUAUGGAAUUUUUAGCAUGUGAUAUUGGUAGCCCAAAUUUUGCAGGCCGACCGUUGAUAUCAGGUGUGCGUCGGUCGGGGAUCGAACCCCAAACCAUGUUCAUGGUCGGUGAGGGUCCUAACCUCUGUGCCACCCACGCACCUGAAGAUAGAAUAUUCCGGUAGAUUCUAAUCUUGCAGUUCGUAUUACACUGUAAUCAAAGAAGUUGUACUAAUAGCUUAAGAAAUAAUUUAUGAAUACAUUGAUUAAGAAGACUGGACGUAUCGCUGAAUUGCGACAGUGAGUAUGACACUAAGCUUAUCUCAGCAGCAGGUAAUACUAAAGUAUUUUAAAAGAAUAUAAACUGUUAUCCAAGUACUAUCUACUUUUUGAAUGCAUAUUUUCUGAUAACACUGAUAAAUGUUUGGCAUUCAAAUAACAAGGCUUUCAUUUUCUUCAACAUGUGUUGCUUGAGGGAACUUAGUGCUCCUAACCCCAAAUUAUUGAUGUCUGUUAAUUUCUUAAUGGACAACGAUUUCAGAAGAGUAAGCUUGAGCAAUAAGUUUCUACAAGUUCUAUGCGACGUUUCUAUAUGCGGUGUUAUUCUAAAAUUAUUUAGGCAUUAAUUUUACAUCACACAGUAUUAUUUUGGAGUUCGAUAGGCUCAAAGUUUUAUGAAUCCAAGAUGAAUGUAAAGUCAUGCUUGUGGUAAAAUAACAUUUAUAAAAUUAGCGUUAUUGUGUGUGUAUAUAUACUCGUAUGCUCAAAUUGUAAGGUUUAACCAUGCCGUGAGGUCCACAUGCAUAAUAUGAAUAUCACUUCGAAAAUCUACAUCUUAGCCGAAGGACGCCACUUUCAACGACUGUUUUCCUCUUCAAAUACUGCCUGAUUUUCUUUAGCCAAUGAGUCCGGGCAUCAGGUUUUCACACUACCCAGUCAUUGUAGUCUCGAAUCGUUGAAUUGUGUUAACUAAAGGAAAACUAGACCUCAAUGUUAUGUACCUGUUUUUCCUAACUUGUGUUGUGUGAAACGUGUUCACAAAAACGACUAAGUUUUGAGUUUGUCCUUUUUUAUUUUUUUAGAAUGCUCUUAAGGCAAACAAUUUCAUAGUACACGUGUAAAGAAGAAAUAUGCGAACGUCUGCAACAGCGUCUACCUCGAAAUCAAACAUACCUAAAACUUCUAAGCCAUCAUACAGCAAGUGCGAUAAAAGUGAGCCUAACUCAAAUGAGAAAACCUCUGAUAACAAUGGAACAACAGGAUCAUUUGAAUGUAAUAUAUGCCUUGAUUCAGCUCGAGAUGCAGUUGUGAGUAUGUGUGGUCAUCUUUUUUGUUGGCCGUGUCUUCAUCGAUGGCUUGAGACAGCGGAAACUCGAACAGUAUGUCCAGUGUGUAAGGCGGCAAUCAGCAGAGAUAAAGUUAUUCCUCUCUACGGUCGCGGUGCCGAUCAUACGCAAGACCCUCGUACAAAAAUCCCUCCGCGUCCACCUGGUCAACGUAGUGAACCUGAACCAGGUAUGGGCGGUUUGGGAGGAACAUUUGGCGGAUUGUUUGGGAGUCCUGAUGGGGGCAAUUUUCGAAUGUCAGUUGGUAUUGGUGCAUUUCCAUUCGGUUUCCUGGCGACAACCUUUAGCUCAGGUGGGGCUAAUACCUCCGGAAACUCAAACAAUGGAGAUGGUGUUAACAAUCUUGAUAACCUUUGGGGUGCUGAUACAGAAACUAUGUCAAAAUUGUGUCUUUGCGUUGCAAUAUUUUUUAUUGGUUGGCUAUUUAUCGCAUAAUAACUGCUAUAAAUAUCUGAUUGAUUAUUCUGAUUAUUUCUUCUUUUUAUUUGUAUUCCAUACUUUUUAUUAUUAGACAUAAUUGGAUUUUUGAAUCCUUCUUUUUUUGAAGUUAAUUUUAUGUGAUACUAAUAUUAUUAUCGUCAGUUUAUAAUUGAUUUUCAAUAUUUAAGAUUAUACUUUGAGUAAUUUGGGUGAAAGUGUUGUAAAGGUAUGUGUUGUUUAAUUUAAUUAGUUGAGAGAGUAUAUACAAGUGGGUUGCAAUUUUGCUUGACCAUUACGUGGAAUUCAUCUAAAUUGAAAGUUUCCUUCAGCCUUGUCUUUUUCUCAAUGCUUUGUUUUGCUUAUUUUCAUACUUAUUCAAAAGUGUAUAAUAUAAUUUGCUUUGAGCAAAACAGUGUAGAUGUGUGUGUGAUGAUGAUGUUGUGUGUACCUGAAAGUUAAAAUAUACAUUAUUAUGAUUUUGUGAUUAUUUCUUUUUGUGUGUGAAGAAAAAAUGUUUAACUUAUUUGUGAUAUGAGGUACUGAUGAUUUUUCAGUUAUAUCAGGACUGUAAUUUUAUCGAGUUAAUAAAUAGACCCAGGUGUAAUCAACUUUUCAGGUGUGUAUUAUCAUCUUAAUUUCGCUUCAUUUUCUCUGUAUUUCCUUUUAGAAAAUACUGUGUCUCAGAUUAUGAGAUAAUAAUCUGUAACUAUUGUUAUAGGCAGGGACACUUUCAGUGUUCAUCAACAACUGUCGUAUAAUUAUGUAUAUAUAUAUAUAUAUAUAUGCAGUGGGUGCCUUGUGUCAAAUUUAAUAAGUUAAUAAGUCUAUUCUUAGGUCCAUCAGAUCUACAUCUAUUGUGGGAGUAUGAUUCUGUGAUAAUAGUUCUUUCAUCACAAAUGUUAAGACAAGAUAGUUUUGAUUUCAGAAGUUAAGUAUAAAUUCGCAUUACUCAAUCUCCACAUAGGGUUGAUGGGAUCCAAUGCGCACAGGAAUUAAAAACACUUAAAGAGAUAGAUGUUCAUGUAAUAAUAAUAAAUAGUCCUUUGUAUACCAUUUUUAAGAUACUACUUUUAUACAAAAAAUAUGACUAGUAAAAAGAAGCCUUAAACUUAAAAAUGUCUCACUUAAAUUUACAAAGUACUUAUUUUUUAAUGAAACGAUCAUUUAAUAAUAUCCACCUCAAAAUUUCUCAUAGUCUCGAACACUCAUGAGGAUCUAAUUUGUGGAUGGUGACUAGCAGUGGAAUCCAGGAUGCGCAUUUCGUCCUAUUUGGGACUCAUCAAUUGGAUGUACCUGCAUUUCCCAGUUUGUGAUGAUUUUCCCACCGAGACUCGAACCUAGUGCCCUUAGUUU